AUGGAACGUCCAUCUAUACCGCCUCAUAGCCUUGAAAGAAAAUUCUUAACGUUUUCCGGCUAUGUGUUCACAAUUAUAUUCUCGCUAGAAAUGGCCAUGAAGGUGAUUGCCAAUGGUUGCGUGCUAGGUCGAGGUGCUUAUUUCAAAGAUGGCUGGAAUAUUCUUGAUGGAAUAUUGGUGAUCAUUUCGUUGGUGAACGUCUUAUUCGAGCUGUUCGCCACCGGCGAUUCUCCGGUUAAGAUCUUUGCGUGA